AGGGAAGAUGGGAAGAGAAGUGUGCAGCUUCCAGGUUGAGCCGUGACCGUUAGGUUGGGUUUCCACUUCUCCUAGCACCUACAAUUCAAAUGACAACUCCCUGAAAUUUUGCAAGCUUCUUUUGACAAAGAGCUUCCCUUCUCCAUGACCAAACACAAACUUCCAUUCGAUAGAGAAGGGAAAGAGGGAAGAGGGCACAUCGUUUGAUUUCCGAUGGAAGAAUUGAAGAAUGGUCACGUAUCUCCAUCAUCGUCUCCCCCAACACCACCAUCACCUCUUCCCAUUAGUGUAGGACCUGGCAACCAAAAGUACUUCUUUUCGCCUUCUCCAACUCCUUCACCACCUUUCUCACCGCCCCCUUCCAGCCAUGCAUCAGCUGAAAACCUCCCUCUUCUGCAUGAUCAUAACCUGCCGGCGGCUCCAGCUCAAGCUACAUCAACUUUUUCACUAGACCGGAAAGACCCCGAUGAAUUGGAAGAUAAAAGUUCAUGUCUCAAGGACUUGUUGGAAUGGUUGGUCCAGAAAUGCAGCAGUUGCUGCUCCUGAUCCUUCAUUUGCUCUCAAUGGGCAAGUAAAGAAAGUCUUAAGUCAACUCCCACAAAGAUGGCCAGGCCAUGGAGAUACUACAGAACUGAAAUUCCACCCACACUUUGUUUGUUUUUUAAUUUUUUGGUUUUCUGUUUGUCCUUUUAUUUUUCCACCCUGCUGUAACAAGUACUGACUGACCUACCAGCCCAUUCGCUUGACAGAAAAUUCUUUAGCAUCUGCAACUCCAAAAGAAACGAAACAAUUGUAGCAUGAUUCUUCAAACAUGCAGGUUUUCCCCUGGUGCAAUUCUUGUGAGAUUCACUACCUCUGCCCCUAUAUUCGUGUGGGC